AUGGAGAGCUUGAAUUCAGUUGUUGGCAGCAAUGAACAAAUUAAGGAACCACAUGUUAUAAAUGCAUCGGACAGUGAUUUUGGAGAAGAUGGAAUGGACGAAGUUAGCUCUAUUCCUUUUGAAUCACCAGGUGGUGGUAUGUAUUGGAAACCUCGGGUUGGAGCUGAAUUUAAACCUUAUCUAAACCAAAGCUUCCGAUCACUAGAGGAUGGUAUAGAGUUUUACCGAGAUUAUGGAUGUAAAAGUGGGUUUGAGAUCAGACGGCAUACGGAGAAGAAACAUGAGGACGGUACAGUUCUUCUUAAACACAUUGUUUGCAGUAGAGCUGGCAGCAAUGAAUCAAAGAUGGAUGUUGAUUUUGAUGAUUUUAGUAGCAGUUCGAAAAAGAGAAGGAGAACUGUAUCUAGUAGAUGUGGUUGCAAAGCUAAAGUUGUUUUUAAGUUUGAUGGUUUGAAAGGAUAUAAUGUUCUCUCAUUUGUUGAAGAGCAUUCUCAUUUUUUGGUCUCCGGUAGUGGGAAACAAUUUUUGAAGUCAAAUAGAGUUCUCGGUCUCGCACAUAAGAAACUUGUAUUUGAUGGAGCAAAAGCCAACAUGGGGCCUAACAAAACAUAUAACUUUGCUAAGGAGUUGUGUGGAAGUUAUUCUAAUGUUGGUGCUACCUGUACCGAGUUUAAAAAUUGGAGUAGGGAUGUGAAGCUUUAUAUUGGUGAUCGAGAUGCUCAAAUGAUCAUCGAGAAGUUCACGGAUAAGAAGGAGAUGAGUGAUGGAUUUUUCUAUGAUUAUGCAGUUGAUGAAGGCGGUCGAUUAACUCGCAUUUUUUGGGCAGAUGUUAUUGGGCGAAGAAAUUACGAUUUUGUUCCAUUUACUGGUCUCGACAAUUAUAAGAAGUGUGUUGUAUUUGCAGCAGGAUUGAUAGCUAAAGAGGACAUUGAUAACUAUGUCUGGAUUUUUGAGGUAUUCAUGAAAUGCAUGAUUCGCGAGCCAAAGUGUAUUGUUACAGAUCAGUGCCCUGCCAUGAAGCAAGCUAUACCAACCGUCUUUACAGAAGCACGUCACCGUUUGUGCAUGUGGCACAUCAUGAAGAAAUUUAACCAAAAGUUGGCAAAAUGCAUUUCGAAGAUGGAUGAUUUCAAGAGGAAAAUAAAUGCACUGAUUUGGAGUAUAGAUAUAGAUCCAGCAACAUUUGAAGUCGGUUGGAAAGAUGUUAUGAAAGAAUAUAAGCUUGAAAGUAAUGAAUGGUUGUGUGAACUGUAUAACAUUCGGGAGUCAUGGAUUCCAGCCUAUUAUGCUGAUGAUCCAAUGGCCGGUUUAUUGCGGACUACAUCAAUAUCAGAGAGUGAGAACAGUUUCUUUGACAAAUUCAACCGUAGAUCUGACACAUUAACGGAAUUUUAUCUCCGAUACGAGAGUGCUAUGGAGAAGCAAAGGCAUACAAACGCAAGAUUAAACUAUGAAGGAACAAAGUCGAUGCCAAGAAUGGACACGCCAUUGUUAUUGGAGAGGGAUGCAGCAGAGUUGUACACUCGAACAAUGUUUUAUGAGGUACAGAAAGAGAUAAUGUCAUCCUGUUAUGAUAUGAGCAUCGACAGUAUAUCAGAAGAAGAUGUUGUGAAGAUUUUUUCCUUAAAGGACAAAAAGAGACAUGGAAAAAUAUUUGAGGUAAAACUUAAAGAGUGUUAUGGAGAAGCAAAGGCAUACAAAUGCAAGAUUAAACUAUGA